UUUGAGCUUUUUUUAAGUAAUAGUUAAUAUAAAGUAACUAUAAAAUGUUACUGUUCUGUGAUAUAAAUAAUAAAAAGAUGACAUUGGGACUAGAAUGAAAAAUUCUUAAAUAUAUGAUAUGUUUUGAAAUAUUAAAUAUAAUUUUAACACUAGAGUCAUGGCGCUUCUUGGAGCUCAAUUAGUUAUUACACUUAUUAUGGUAUCGUUAAUACAAAAAUUAAGCAGUUAUUCAUUUGCAAGAUGGCUAUUGUGCUCUCAGGGUCUUUACAGAUAUUUAUACCCAGUCAAUAGUGAAUUAAAAACAUUAGCCGGAGUUCCUAAAGAUCGUCCAAAAAGCAAGAAAGGUGGCAAAAACGAGGUCAACGGUAAACCAGAAACAUUUCACAUACCACGAAACUUGGAUAUUCAGUUGGAAACUGCUCCAGUCACUGCCUUGGAUGUGGUGCAUCUUAGAUUUUAUACAGAAUACAUAUGGAUAGUUGAUUUUUCUCUAUACACAUGCAUUGUUUAUAUUAUGUCAGAGCUCUAUACAUAUGUAUUUCCACUGAAGGAUGAGUUCAAUUUGAGCAUGGUCUGGUGUCUACUAGUGGUGCUAUUUUCAUUUAAGAUAUUGUUAUCAUUAACAAAGCAGUAUUUUAUAAGUGAAGAGUCAAUUGGAGAGAGGUCGACAUGUAUUGUGUCAUUCUGUGUAUUCCUGCUCAUCGCCAUGAUGGUGCUUAUUGUAGAUGAUAAAAAUUUGGAGUUGGGAGUUGAUCCAGCAUAUGAUAGCUUCUAUGAGAAUGCUUCAAAGUUUUUGGAGAAUCAAGGAUUGAGCUCCGUUGGACCAGCAUCAAAGCUAAUAAUAAAAUUAUCAUUGGCGGUAUGGGCUGCUCUUAUUGGAACACUAUUUACAUUUCCUGGAUUCAGAGUAGCUCGUAUGCAUUGGGACUCUCUCAGAUAUUAUGGUGAAAACAAAUUGAAGUAUGUUUUGUUGAAUGCCAAUUUUGCAAUGCCAUUCGUUCUGGCUCUAAUGUGGGUUCGUCCCGUCACAAGGCACUACCUGACUGUGCGAGUGUUUAGCGGAAUGGAGGGACCUAUAAUGACAUCCGACCAGUAUGACUCUUUCCGUCUCAUUCUGAUAGUGGCGGCCAUGGUACUGCGACUGGCACUGAUGCCCCAACAGCUGCAGGCCUACCUCGACAUGGCUCAGAGGAGGCUUGAGGAACAGAAGAAAGAGGCGGGCAGGAUCACCAAUGUUGAAUUGCAGAAGAAGAUAGCAUCAGUUUUCUACUACUUAUGCGUGGUGGCGCUGCAGUACGUGUGCCCUGUGGUGAUGCUGCUGUGUCUGGCGCUGAUGUACAAGUCACUAGGCGGCUACAGCUGGGCGGGCGCUGCAGGCGACGUGUCGCAAGAUGAACCCGCAGACAUCUCCGACAAUAUGGAGCAGUUCGAGAUGGCUUUGGAGAAUCUAAAGAUGAUUUUCAGCCGGGUGGUUUAUCGUGGCGUGUUCGGCUUCGCAACCUGGUGGUGCUGCUGGUGCCAGUUCCUCACAACCUCGCUUGGCACCAUGUACCAGACCUACUUCCGGCUGUCAUGAUCUGGAACUGAAACAUAUGUACCAUAGCUUGACCGAUACCGCUGCACCGGCAUUCGAGGCAAGGCGGGGAUUGGUAAGGAAAGAGCGUGAACUUACAUAAGAUUCAUAGUGGCGGACAUAUCUUAAGAUAUUGAUGUACGACAUUUUGAUGCUAAAUAGAUAUCAAAUUUUGUUAUUGCUACAAUAAUAAGUGAAUAAGUAUGUAAUGUUCUUCAUAUUAAAGUUCUGUUUCUUAAAAUAAUUUUGUGCAAUGAUAUGGACAUUUGACUCAUCUCUGGGUAUUCUCUCUUGUGUGUCAGACAGUCAUACAAUGAGCUUUGACUGCAGACUGACAGAACCCCCGCCUCACAUAUCUAAAGCUCGGUACAGCGGUUUCGGUCAUAAUUUAAUUGACAUUUAUAAGACAGACACUAGAUAGACAAUGAGGAAUAUUAGAGAAGAAUUAAAAUUAAUAAAUAAUAAUAUGAAUGAUUAUUUUGGUCAAUAACAUAUAAACUUAUAAGGACAAUAUAUAUUGACUGGAGUAAAUGCGGUAAUGUAUAGAUAUAGCGGUCAAAGCUUAUUAUCGUUAUUUUUGUCAUGUUCCAUAUUUUGAACUUGUUUUAAAAUGAUGUGUAUUGUCUAUAUGUAUAGAAAAUCAUUGAUUUUGGUACUUUGGUUAAUUGAUUUAAUAGUAAGACAUUUUUAUUUGAAUUCAUAGGUUCGAGGAUCUUUGAAGUUUUUUCCCGAUAAUAUAAUUUAUAUCUUCCAAUCACUCGUUAAUGACUUAAUCGCCCCGUGAUCACGACGCGUGAAACAACUUGAAUGAUAUAUUCAUUCAAAAAUCCUUGAGUUUUUAUUUCAAUAGUGAAGUAAUUAUUAACUCAAAUAAUUCCAUCAAUGUUAUGUAAGCCUGAAAAUGUACUUGAUUCGUUGAAGUAGUUUUAAAGUUCAAAUACAAUUGUUUACUGUUGUCUGUUUUGGUUUGUAAAAUUUGUUUGUUGUUUGAAGUAGGUAGGUAUCCCAGUGUGAAUACUUACAAUAAUAUUAAUAUAUUUAUUUUGACGACCCAUAUCAUUUAUAUGAUGAAUAUGGAUGUUUGUUUCCGAGUCAUGGACGUUUAUAUAAUAUAUUUAUGUAUGCUUAAGUAUAUUGUAUUAAAUACAUCGUUCUCUUGUACCCAUAGUACAGGCUAUGCCUAGUUUGGAGCAAGAUAAUUUGUGUUACAGUGUGUCAAUAUUAUUACAGCUAGGAUAGUGGCCAAAUUUUAAUUAUAUUCAUGCCAUAUUUAUAUUUAUUAUAUAUAACUUGUUAACCUAACAAUGUCAAUAUAGUUCCAUAAGUUAAAAUGCUUUAGAUGAACGCUUUAUUAAAUAUGAAUUCUAGCAACAGGAACCAAUCGAGCAAAAUUAUUUCCAGUUGCUGUAGGAUUUGUAUUGGCAAAAAUAUUUACUGAGCGUGUAUGUAAGCAUGUUUUGAAGUACAAACUUUAAAACAUCGUGUUAGAUUGGGGGCCACUAUGUUUAAUAUUAAAGUAAAGCCGGCCCACAUUCUAGAGAUCUACAAAGCGCAGGUCCGACCACACAUGAAGUAUUGCUGUCAUCUCUUGCCUGGCGCACCUCAGUAUCAGCUCGAUUCAUUUGACCGCGUGCACCGCAGAACAUCUCGAAUUGUCGGGGACUCAAUCCUCUGUGAACGGCUGGAUCACUUGGCCUUGCGUAGAGACGUCGCUUCAUUGUGUGUCUUCUACCGCAUUUAUCACGGGGUGUAUACCAAAGAGCUGUUUCACCUGAUUCCGCCGCCGAAUUCCACCUUCGUACGACACGCCCCAAAUUAGAGUAUCAUCCCCACCAUCUAGAUGUAUGGCGGUGCUCCACAGUGUGGUUUUCAAAGAACUUACUUCCACGUACAACCAAGCUAUGGAAUGAGCUUUCUUGUGCGGUGUUUCUGAUAACGCUCCGGUGAUUCCUCUGGUGUUACAAGAUAAUGUGGGAGGUGAUCACUUAACAUUGCGUAGGCUUUAAAGCUAUAAUAAAGUACCUAUAUCGUGACAUUCAUUAUUUUGAGUUGUGCCUGUUUAGGGUUACUAAGCAGUCAGUCUAUAUGCAUGCCAAUGUUGAAAUGUAUAUUAAAAUAUUACUUACUUGUUAAUUAUUACCCUGUGAACAAUGUAAUGUUUGUUUUUUUGUGAACCCAUGCUUAUUUUUUUUGUUGAUAGUUUUUUUAGGAGUUUAUAUUGUAUUGAAAUAUUUAAAUAGGUAGAUCUGAAUCAGUUUUAUUAUUAUAAGUGUAGGUUCGAAUUAGUUUUGUAGUAAUAUUUUUUUUUUGCAAAUGAUUAACCUAAAAUAUAUGGAAAUUUUCUGUGCUAAUACAUCAUAGUAUCUUAGAUAAUUUAUACGUCUAGAUAGAGCCUCUCGCUGAUAGACAGCCAGUGAAAACAGGCCAGGAUUAUUACUCUAGUGUGCGUGACAAGCGUCUUACACCCGCGAUUUGUAUGUCACAGUCAACCUCAAUUUUUUUUCGACAUUUUCGCAGCUGUGACAGUCUAAUAUAUAUAAAGAAGAAUUAUUAUAAAUCAAGACAAUUAAUAUAAUAUCAUGUAUUUAUUUUGUACUUUAGGUGUGUGUGUGUGUGUUUUUAUUUUAAUAAAAUAAUGAGGAAUAAUUUUAUUCACUUUUAUUGCUGGCAUGGCAGAAUAAGCUGAGUCCUUAUAUUUAUGCAGUGUUAUAUUAUUAUUAUUAGAGAAUUUCGUAAUGAUCUUGCUUGAAGCAUAUUAUUCUUCGAA